AUGUCGGGACGGGGCAGAUAUUACAGCCAGCAGUACUCCAAGCUCGACGACGACCCCUCCACCUGGUCCUCCAACAUCGACGCCGACGCCGUCCCAGAGCCAUACGAUCCUACAGACUCUUCGCGAGACCACCCCGACGCCAUGCCGCUCGAACCUUACCCGCACUACCAAGCCGACUACAACAACCCCCUGAAUCGAUACAGCGAGCAACUACCAUCAUCGCACGAGAACAGCCCGACAAGAGGUCCAGCGCCCACAAGACCCACCUUCUCCCACAGCCGCGCAACCUCAUACCAACCCGAAUACGAGCGCGGCCGACCAACAUCCUACCAACCUGAAUAUGAAGACUUCGAAGCCCUCAAAACACGCUCGGCACGCCCAGCGAAACCCGCCCGCACUUGGCCCUGGACAAACUGGAGCCGCAAGCGCAAGUGGAUAAUCUUCGGCUCUGCUGCCGGCGGCUUGAUCCUCCUCAUCAUCAUCAUCGCCGUUGCCGUUGCUUUGACCUCAGGCUCCGACUUCAAAUACACCCCCCGCUACGACCAAGUCACCAACGCCGAAGCCUUCAACCUCGGCGGCGCCACCCGCAACAGCGUCAACAACACCCAAGACGGCGUCGGCCCCGGCGCGGACACAUACACCUACUACCAAGGCGACGAAUCAAACUUCCCCGACGCCAGCAAAUGGGUGAGCUUCGAGGACAUGUGGACCGCCAACCUCCCCAACAUGCAGACCUCCUGCUCCGCCCUCGACAUCGGCUCCGACAACACCGACGAAGACAACCAAUACAUCUACGAAGCCAUCCAGUCCCGCGCCAACGCCUCGCUCGUCGACCACCGCUUCAUCCUGGCAACCAUCAUGCAAGAGUCCGCCGGCUGCGUGCGCGUCGGGCACACCACGUCCUCUGGCGGCGUCACAAACCCCGGGAUAAUGCAGUCGCACAAAGGCCAGAAUUUCGACUCUUCCAGUCCUCGCUUGUCUAUUUUGCAAAUGGUGCAAGACGGCACGCAGGGAACCGAGCAUGGUGAUGGGCUGGUGCAGAAUCUGGAUCUCUACAGUUCGCCGUAUAAAGCGGCGCGCGGGUACAAUAGCGGAUAUAUUCCUAAGAGUGGUGAUUUGAGCGAGGCGGCCGGGGCGACGGCGUGUUAUGUGAGCGAUAUUGCGAAUCGGUUGACGGGGUGGACGAAUGCUAAGAGUACUUGUCCCGGGGAUGAGAAACAGCCGAGAGGGCAUCAAUGGCUCCUCAUGGGCGAUGGAGAAGUCUCGGCGCCGUUCGCAAUGAUCUUCGAGAGAGACGAGCAUGCAGGAUGCCACGACCUCGUUCUCGAUGGCGAAGACCGAAAUGAUGCUCAAGUAUCACAUGAGAUGAGGUUUGAGAUCGAGAGAUGA